AUGUCACGUCUACCUCUGGUCCGAUUACUCCCUCAUGCCGGUGUAUAUCGUUAUGGUACUCCAACCACCUCUCCUUCCGCUGCAAUUUUACGUCUGGCGGAUAAAGGUUGGACCAUCUCACAGGCUCCGAAAGAGGGAUGGGCUGUUGUUGGAGAUACGGAUGGAAGAAAGUUAGCUGUUGAGACCCUUCUAAGUCGUCAUCGUAUAUCUCCCAAUCCUCCACCCGGCGCAUUCCCUUAUCUAACUGAAACAUCUCAAACAAUCCGUCAUCUAGCUUUCGCACGUCCACCACCUUCAGGAGAAUUCAUAGAUUUCACAGCUCGUUACGGUGCAUUACAAGAAGAAGAUCGUUUAACAUUCCGAGAUCAAUUAAAAAAGUAUGGUUCUUCGAAAGAAAUAGAAAACGUUUCAAAAACUCUUGGUAUUUCUCAUUUACUUGAUCUUCCUGGAGUUUCAUUAUCUUCCGGUCAAACUAGAAGAGCGAGGAUCGCCUCUGCUUUAUUGACCAAACCUGGUUUAUUAUUACUUGAAGAUCCUAUGGCUGGAUUGGAUGUGAGUUCUAGAGAAGAGGUCAGUAAAGUUUUAGGAGAUUUGAAUGAGAGGAUGAGAAUUGUUUUGGUUUUGAAGGAUAAAGAAGGUGGGAUGCCAGAUUGGGUGAGUGAUGUGGUUGAGGUCAAAAAUGGAAAUGUAUGGAUUGGGAAAAGGGAAGAAUGGGAAGAGAGAAGAAGUGUAAAACAUGAGAGUAAAGUGGAGGAGAUACAGGAAAAGGUUGUGGAGUUGAAAGACGAAAGGGUGGAGUUGGACAAGAGGAAAGAGGAGGGAGAGACGAUUGUCAAAUUGGAGAAUGUUUCUGUUUCUUAUGGUCAAGGUAGUAGACCUGUACUUAAAAACAUUUCAUGGGAAAUAAAAAAAGGUGAAAAAUGGCAUCUUCAAGGACCUAACGGAUCCGGUAAAACGACACUUUUAUCAAUAAUACUAGGACAUCAUCCUCUUUCUUUCUCAAUCCCUUCAACUUCAUUAAUAUUAUUUUCGAAACCACGUCGUUCCAUCCCAACUCCAAUAUUAAAAACAAUGAUAGGUCAUACAAGUCCAGAAAUUUAUUCUUCUUUUCCUAGAGGAAUGGGAUUAACAGCAUUAGAAGUUAUAGGUACUGGUUUCGAAGGUAUUUUCUCAAGACGUAAUUUAUCUUUUAAACAAAAGAAAAGGAUAUUAGAUUUAUUACAAGGUUUUCAAGAUUUAUUAGGUGACAAAAAGGAAGAAUUGGGUGAUAAAUUAUUUACGAGAUUUACUAAUCCACAACAAUCUUUAUUAUUGUUAUUAAGAGCUAUUGUUGGUAAACCUGAUUUAAUCAUUUUGGAUGAACCUGCUCAAGGUAUGGAUGAGGUUUUAUGGGAAAGAUGUUGUGAAUUGUUAUUUCAAGAAUGGAAGGAAAAUGAACAAUCUGUGAUUGUUGUUAGUCAUUAUGAAGAUGAAGUACCAUGGAAAAAAGGACGAGGAAGGGUGAUCAGGUUAGAUCAAGGAGAAGCUAUUAUCGAGUAA